GCCCGCGUGUGUGUCGGAGUGAUGAUUGAUGUUAAUUGUCGCUUGGUGGCUGUUGAAUAAAAAAACUCAUGAGGAGUUUGAGUGUCAGUGCUUGGUACUCGAUGAGCGAGACGUUUGUCGUUGAGAUAAAUCGUCAUUACGGAUGUUUUCACUCGCUGAUUCCUCGUGUUAUCGGUAAUAACGAGUCCACUGGCGUUAGUAUGGUCUGUAAGGCUGUGCUGACAUCCACUGAUUUUUACGAGAUUGCUCUCGGGCCACUCCAGGUGUUUCAAGGAGGGACGAAAUUAUCUCGUGAUUCAUGAUUUGUAUCGGGAUUUUUGCAGCAACAGUUUUCAUACUCUCGGUAGACUCUUUCAUGUUUAGGCAUGCUUGAGAAGCCGAAAAUUGUACGAGCGUUUAGUCAUGGUAUAAUUUAUCGUGAAAGUAUUUGAAUAAAGUCAAGAUGGCUAUUGGAAGUGUUAUCUGCGGGGCGAACGUUCCAAAAACAAAGAAAAAGAAGGCAAAGACCCAGGAGCGCAGCUGGAUCGAGGCAACAUUUCAGAAACGAGAGUGUACUAAAUUCAUACCCAGUGCCAAAGAUGAACAUAGGCUUGAAGACAUACAAGGAGAUAAAAGUGCCGAAUACGACGUGAUCACCACCUCCAGGUGUUGCUGCGGUCAUUCUUACACCCACCACUGUGGAACUGGAGCGGAUGUGCAGAAUUUUGCAACCGGCACUGCAGCUGAGGCCGAGCGGGAACAAUGGUCACCUGGGAAAAACACGAAGCCCGCACCGACCGAUGCAUAUGGAACCAUCGAAUUCCAGGGGGGACCGCAUCCGACGAAAGCUCAAUAUGUUCGAAUGGCCCACGACACUCGGCCCGAGCCAAUUGUUCAGCUAUUGUGCCGAGAAUGGAACCUGGGCUUACCCCGUUUACUGAUAACAGUGCACGGUGGCCGCUCCAAUUUCGAGCUUCAGCCGGCAUUGAAAAAAGUAUUACGCAAGGGUUUAUUGAAGGCCGCCAAGACAACCGGGGCAUGGAUUUUCACCGGUGGAACGAAUACAGGCGUCACACGUCAAGUUGGAGAUGCGUUGUUGCUUGAACGAUCGCAGCGGCAGGGUCGAGUGGUUAGCAUUGGUAUAGCUCCCUGGGGAAUACUUGAGAAGAGCCAUGAGCUGGUUGGUCGCGGUGGAGAGGUGCCUUAUGAUUCCAUGGCCUCCCCCUGGUCAAAAUUCGCAGUACUAAAUAAUCGUCACGCCUACUUCCUGCUGGUUGACAACGGCACAGGUGGUCGAUACGGUGCAGAGAUAGUUCUCCGUCGUAAACUUGAGAAAUAUAUAUCAAACUUGAAGCUCCAGCCAUACACGCACAGUAGUAUCCCAGUGGUGGCAUUAGUUAUCGAGGGUGGAACAAACACAAUACGUUCAGUGCUCGAGUAUGUCACAGAUGAGCCACCUGUCCCCGUUGUUGUCUGUGAUGGUUCUGGGCGUGCAGCUGACCUUAUCGCCUUCAUGCAUAAAUAUGCCACUGAGAGUGAUGAUACUAAGGGUGGAAGCACUGAUGGACCAUUGGAGAGCAUGAAAGAACAUUUAUUAGAAACAAUUAAGCACACUUUCAAAGUAUCACCUGAGCAGGCAGCCCAGUUGUACUCUGAAUUGCUUCAGUGUACUCGUAAAAAACAUUUAAUAACUGUGUUCAGGAUAACUCAAGAUCGACCACAAGAGCUCGACCAAACGAUCUUGACAGCCCUCUUCAAAUCCCAACAAUUAUCCCCCGCCGAACAGCUCUCCUUAUCACUAAUCUGGAAUCGUGUAGACAUAGCAAGAAGUGAGAUAUUCGUUUACGGUCAAAAAUGGCCAGCAGGUGCCCUAGAACAAGCGAUGAUGCAGGCACUGCAGCACGAUAGAAUAGAUUUCGUUAAACUACUGCUUGAGAAUGGUGUAUCAAUGAGAAAAUUUUUAUCAAUACCACGUUUGGAGGAGUUGUACAAUACUAAAGAAGGACCAUCCAACACUCUGGGAUAUAUACUCCGCGAUGUGAGGCCACAUAUACCAAGGGGAUACAUUUAUACACUUCACGAUAUCGGUCUUGUGAUUAAUAAAUUGAUGGGUGGUGCUUACAGGCAUCAGUACACACGUCGUAAAUUUCGAAUGAUCUAUGCUAAAGUUAUGAAACGAUCGGGGGGACAUCUCCAGCAGCACAGAAACAGCAUGGCAACUGGGAUAAAGUUUUACUCGGGGUCUGGGGAAAAAUCACAUGGACUGACCAUGAGCCUUCUGGCUGAGACACUGCCAGCUAAUCGGGACACACCGCUGUUCGAUUAUCCGUUCAAUGAGCUUCUCAUAUGGGCUGUGCUCACCAAGAGACAGCAAAUGGCGUUGCUCAUGUGGCAGCACGGCGAGGAGGCACUUGCCAAGGCUCUUGUUGCACUUAAAUUGUACAAGGCUAUGGCGCACGAGGCUGCAGAAGACGAUCUUGAGACUGAAGUUUAUGAUGAACUGCGGGGGUAUGGGAAGGAGUUUGAGAAUAUCGCCCUGGAGUUAUUGGACUACUGUUACCGUCAGGACGAUGAUCAAACACAGCAAUUACUAACUUCUGAAUUGCAAAAUUGGUCGGGUCAGACUUGUCUGUCACUGGCUGUCACCGCAAAUCAUCGUCCAAUUCUUGCGCAUCCAUGCAGUCAGAUUAUUCUCGCCGACCUGUGGAUGGGGGGUUUGAGAACCAGGAAGAAUACGAAUCUGAAGGUGGUUUUGGGACUGGUUUGUCCUUUCUACAUCAUGAAGUUGGACUUCAAGACGAGGGAGGAGCUGCAGUUAAUGCCACAGACACAGGAGGAGCACUUGAUCGCUCUGGAGGAUGAGAAUGAAGACAGUGAGUCUGAGCAGGGGACGCCUGUUGGUCCAGAUGUAGAGAAACGUCUGCGCAGGAGUCUCAGCAUUUGCAACAAACCCACCAGCCAGCAGGCCCCAAAGGCUUUAAUAAGCAAUGAGCACAGUACGACAGUUGCCAAAGAGACUAUUGUUCAGGAGAAUGGAAAAGUACUUACGGACAACGAUGACAAUCUUCAUCGUCCCUACGGCCUUCUAUCGGAAUAUUAUGAUAAUAAAACAAAUCGACCAUUACGAUUAAAGAAAAAAUUGUACGAAUUCUACACUUCGCCUAUUACUAAAUUUUGGGCAAAUGCUAUAGCAUACAUGGUUUUUCUAAUGCUCUUCUCAUACUGCAUCCUCGUAAGAAUGACUGAAUACCCAGGACUUGCUGAGCUCUACGCAAUAGCUUACAUAUGUACCCUUGGCUGUGAAAAAGUUCGUGAGAUAGCAACGUCCGAGCCCGCAACAAUGUUCCACAAAUUCAGUGUAUGGUCGUGGAAUAUGUGGAAUCCCUGUGAUGCUGCUGCUAUUAUAUUCUUUCUUAUUGGUCUAGCACUGAGAGUUAGACAAUCGACAUUUGAUAUUGGACGAGUCAUGUACUGUGUCGAUUGUAUCUACUGGUACUUGAGGAUUUUGAAUAUUCUGGGUGUUAAUAAGUACUUAGGUCCCCUAGUUACAAUGAUGGGCAAGAUGGUGAAGAAUAUGAUCUACUUCGUUGUCCUUUUGCUGGUCGUAUUGAUGAGCUUCGGGGUGUCUCGACGAGCUAUUCUCAAUCCUAAUUCAGAUCCCCAAUGGAUAAUAAUUCGAGACAUAUUUCUACAACCCUACUUCAUGCUUUACGGUGAAGUAUACGCAGAUGAGAUAGCCCCAGAUUGUGGUGACGAGCCCUCAAUGAUCCCCUGCCUUCCGGGUCGUUGGAUAACCCCAAUAGUGAUGUCAAUGUACCUCCUAGUAGCCAACAUUCUCCUCAUAAAUCUCCUCAUCGCAGUCUUCAACAACAUCUUCAUCGAGGUGAACGCUGUGGCCCACCAGGUGUGGAUGUUUCAGCGUUUCACUGUCGUCAUGGAGUACGAGCAGAAGCCCGUUCUCCCCCCUCCCUUCAUAGUCUUCUCCCACAUCUGGCUCCUCGGCAGAUACAUAUUCCGUUACAUAACGCAAGGAGAGAUGCGCUCCCUCGAGACAUACGACAACGGUCUGAAGCUCUUCCUCGAGGCCGACGACAUGGAGCGCCUCUACGACUUCGAGGAGGACUGCGUCGAGGGUUACUUCACCGAGCAACAGCUCAAACUCCAAAUGUCGACAGAGGAACGAGUCAAGCUGACGACAGAACGAGUGGAGAAUAUGUCUCAAAAGCUAGAGGACAUCGACAAAAAAGAGAACAGUCAGAUAGCUUCGUCCCAGGCUGUGGAGUUUCGCAUGCGCAAGCUGGAGGAAUUGAGUGAACAGACACUGGCUCAUUUGGGGGUAAUUCACAGGUUCAUGGCGACGCACAUGCAGAACGAGAACCUUUCAAGUUUGGAUAUAGAAAUUCGGUCGAGAAGGGUGUCAGAAAGAUCUGAAGUGAUUUCAGAGGCAGACUCCCACCCUCAUCUCCCAGGAUUAUUCCCAAGAAGAAGACUCCUGAGGUCUUUGACUGAUGCCCCAGUGCUCCAUAUGAACCCCUCAGCUGACGACGACGCGAUAAAGCAGUCGGAGACAGCGACGUCUCGAGAGAAUCUCAGCAGGAACGAGUCGUCGUCCAGUGGAGAGGUGCCAACGACUGGUCCCGAUGAGAAGAAGACAGCGACAACCAGUCAGGAGGAGAGUGGAGGAAGCAGGGACAUCCCAGAGGGCGACGUGAAGAAGUCGGAGGUGGAGAGAGACACCAGCAGUGAUGUGCCAAUCUCAGACAUACGUCAGGACUCGUCAGAGCGUCCAACCAGGCAGACAAGCAGAUCGAGGUCCGAGUCUGACGAUGCUAUGCAUCUGGCACCACCUGGCACGCAGAAGGGGGUCAAGUGGGCGGACCCCAGGGUGGCCAUCAUCACUGGCUCCAGUGGGGGCCAUCCCAGGUCGACUCUACUCGCUAUGAGGAACGAGUACACUAGCAUUACUGAUGAACUCGAGGGAUACUGUGGAUUACUCAGCCCUCCGAGGACUCCUCCUGUCUCACCACCUCCCAGCAGAGCCAAACAUGUCAUCGAUAUGUCGGAUCCGGAGAUUGCACUGGAGUUUGAGAAUGAACAUCUCAGGGAUGCUGAGGCCUGCGAUUAUCAGCAGAUGGAGGAUCUCAUUCAGAGGAGGUACAGGCAGGAGGACGAUGACUCGGAUACUGACGAUGUUGUACCACCACCGUUUUACGUUGCCAAUGAGCAUCGAUUGAGGAGGUCCACUGCCAUCGACGAGGAGAGCAAAACUAGUGUUCAUCAGAGGAGGAGGGUUCCACCCACUAUCAGUGUCACGAGGGAAAUCGAACAGACUUUGUCGAGACCACCGGCUAUUAGGGAUUCUGAUGCCUCGGAACCUGAUGAUAAAAAUAAUCCCGGCCCUGCACCGGCUUCGGAAACUAUGUGCUGAGGCACUAUGGCUUGCUAUGGUUUUUAGAAAUGCUAGAACAAUCAUGGUUUAGUAUUUUUAUGCAAUUGUUCAGGUGGGGAGUGAAGUGGUAGAUUUUUGUGAGGCGAGUAUUUUUGUUAUUUGGGCAUUUAGGAGUUAAUUUGUUGCUGAUGAAAUUAUUAAAUGAUUUUUUAGUGUAACAGAUGGGGUGAGAGCAAUUGUAUAGCAAACAAAUUCGAAAGCAUUGGUUAUCGAAAAAAUCAAUAUCUGUUGAUUCACUACAAAUUUAAUUUUCCAUUUUUUACGAUUUUAUAUUCAUUAAAAUUCAACAGUUGAAUUAUUCUGUUAAAUUUUACCACUUCACAACUGAUCUUUAAUGAUUUAUUCGCUUGUAUUAAUCCAAAGUUGCAUUCAGCAUUUUAGCUGAAUUAUCAAUGAAUUGUUUUUAUUGUCUAAUUAUUUUAGCAAAAUAUCGCAUAUCACUGUCGUGAUUAAUUUUUAGAAUUGACUAUAUUCGACGUGAUGAGGAGGCCCACAUCAACAUUGAAUUUUACAUUUGAAAUUGUAGUCUAGAUUAUGUUUUGCUAUCAGGUACAAUUUCACGAUACUUAGAUGAAUUUUACUCUAGUCGACAUAACACGAUUAAUUGAAUCGAAUUUUUAUCACUCAAUCUGAUUUACUUCUUUUAGCCUUUUAUUGAGGUACCACAAUCUUGUACAAAAGAAGAAUUCGUAGAUUUAGAUUAAUGUAUCCGAAUAAUUGGCAAUUUAUAUUUGAGAGCCUGAUUGAGCUCUCAGACUGCUCAAGUCAUGUAUUGGCAUGGAAUUUAAUGAGUGACAAAUGAAUAAUAAUGUACUCCAUCUAUUUUUUAAUCAAAUGCAAAUUGUAAAUAUGAAAUUCUAUUUUUUUCGCAUUCUUCCUCGCACAUUUAUAAUAUUUCAAUGGGAUAGAUGCCAAUUUUGCUCAAAUGAUGAUAAUUCGCUCUGAAUUCAGCAGCAUACGCUCUUUAUCUCGUGUUAUUUUUAGUUGAAUAACAUCUUUCAUCUUUUCUAUGACUCAGUGGGAGAGUAACAAUAUAUUUUCAUGUGAUUUAUUUGAAUUUUGUGGAAUAAUAAAAUGUGUAAUCUUGAAUGAAUGGAGAAACUAGUUGAUAAUUAUGUAUAUUCAUUACUUAAUAAUGGUUUCAAAAUGACGUUUAAAAUAUGAAUUUAAAAAAUUGCAAAAUUAUUUCAAGUGUGACCGUAAAUACGCCAUAUGGAAGAAUUUAACGGAAAAAUCGAGGGCUUUGCCAAUGAAAUUCUAUGGAAUUUUUGCAUCAAUUCUGUUGAAAAUUACAGUAUAAUUCAAUAGAUUUUUAUUUUUCUACAGACAUCCCUGGACAUAAAUUUUCUAAUGUUUCUGAAAAGGAAUUCCGAGAAUUCAUUCAAAAUCAACAUCUACAGCCUUUUCUCUAGAAAAAAAAUAUUUAUUGAAAAGCGCAUGGGAAAUUCGCAUAAUUUUUCAUAGAAUUGGCACAAAAAAAAUAGUUUUCGGCAGAAUUCGAAAGCACUGGAUUUAUCUAUCAAUUUUAUUUUAUAAAUGACGUGACUCUGCAGAUAGAUUGUAAUUGUAUUCUCCAUGAAGAGUCCUAUUUUUGAUUGACAAAGUGUUUGAGAAAUAUUUUGGAAUUGUCACUUAUUAUCAGACUGAUCAUUCCACCAAAUAUCUAAUAAACUUCUUUCUGAACGUAACUGACAAUUUGUUCUGAGCUUACUGUUACCAUCAAACUCUGAGAAACGAGUGAGUAGAAUGAGUCUGAUCGAUCGAAUAUGUGAUACCCACUAAAGCACGAGAAACCAAAAAAUAUAAUGUAAUAGUCGAAAUGAAUUAAUCAUUUGCACGCGGAGAAUAACAAAUAAUGACAACGAAAUAAUUAUCAAAUGGAUUAUCUUCAUAAUUUAUUUGCGUCGAGAUAUCUCUGUCAAUUAAUAAACAAAACUCAGGGUCGCGCAAGAAAAUAAUGGAAAAAUUUAUUGUUUCGUUGAUUAAUUAUGAAUGAGAUGAUAUCAUAAUGUAAUUUAAUUUAGCUGAAAUUGAAUGUAUUAGUUAGGACAUUCGAUCGAUCGUUCCAUUGAUGACGUGUGGCAAUUUGAGAUUGAAGAAGAAACAUGUAAAAUUAUUGAGUUGAAUAAGAAACUAGUGGGUUUCUGCAGACGAUUGAAUUCACCCAGCCACAAACAAAAGUACAAAGUUGAAUUGCAAAAGUUACUCGCCAGUGGUUCCAGUGAAGAUAGUACUAAAAGAAAGGAACUCAAUGAACAAAGGAGAUCGAAUAGGAAUAGCGAUGAGGGUUCACUCUACAAAUUUUAUUUUUCGUAAUACCGAAGAAUUACAUUUAUCCUCGCCCGAUCAUGAAUCACAUAUCAGGAUGGCUGAUCUCGCACUUCAGCAACGACGAGCGCAAACUCAAUCUACGAAACAAACUGAUUUCCCCUUUUAGGGGGAGCUUGAAUAUUCCGAAAUCAUGAUCUAACUGAAUAAUCGUUCGUUUUAUUGUGAGAUUGGACACGGGGAUAAGAAAUUAACGAAGAGAGGGGAGUAGAAAUCACUGUAAAAUUAAUAAUAGCAUCGAAAGUUGUGGAUUGAUAAAAUAAAAAAUGCCAACAUAAGUG